UUGAAGUGCGGUGGUCCGAAUUUUCGUUUGAUUUAAUCAAUUCAGUUUUGGUUUCUUGGAAUGCUUUAGUAUUGUUCUUAAAAGAUUGUCCUGACAAAGAGGCAAGAGGAUACAGACUUUUUUUAAUCAAUUAUGACAAUCUACAAAUCCUGGCAUUUAUUGCAGACGUAUUGAUGGUUUUCAGCAGAUAUCAGAAAAAACUGCAGUCUGAUACAAUUACAAUUUUAGACAUGGACAAAGAGACAGUGAACGUUAUAUCCAGGCUUAAAAUAUUAAAAACGGAAGCGUUGCUUGGUGGAUGGGUGACAACCUUAAAAGAACAGUUAGAAAUUCAUAGUGAAAAUGAGGUUUUACUAAAAGGAGAAGUCUUAACAAGAAAUCGAAAACAUCGUUUAAAGGAACAUCACAAGUUUGUUUCUCAGAAUCGAGACUACUCCGCAAUCUGCAAUGAAAUUGUGGAUUCUCUUGUAAAUUUUUUGCAGGAAAGAUUCGAUAUUGAUGCGGAUACUGUUAAAAUUUUGAAACCAUUCACUGAGCUAGAGCCAUCCGUUGAUAUGAAAGCAGUUCAUAAAUUGAUAGGAAACGACUUAGAUCUUGCUGAACUUUCAAUGGAAUAUUCGGAGCUUCUCACUCAUAAAAAUAUUGAGCAGUUAAAAAAAAUCAGCUUAAAAGAAACUCUUCAGGCUUUAGUGAUGACAAAUUUUUUUCCCAAUGUUUCUGUUAUAAUGGCCAGAAUUGUUGCAGCAAAACCUCAUUCCGCUGAUGUUGAAAGAGUGAUUAGUGUGAACAAUUUGUUGAAAACCAGCAAUAGAAGCAGUCUAAGUAUUGAAAGCGAGAAUGAAUAUCUAUAUAUUUAUUUUAAUCUUCCUCCAUUAGCCGGAUGGAAUCCUCGUCCAGCAAUUAAUGAGUGGUUUAAGAAAAAAAGGAGAGUUAGAGAAACUGUUACGGCGAAAGAACAAGAGUGGUAUAAGGGAAUAUUUAUAAGUGCAAAUGAUAACCAAAAAGAUUCGCAAACCGAAGAAAAAGUUCCUACGAGAAUGUUUUAAGUUUUGUUUGUACUGAUUUCAAUUUUGAGAUAACUUAUUUUUUUAUUAUAUAUUUUUCUGUUUCCUUUUUUUAAAGUUUUAGGAUUUAUUGUAAUAAUAAAACACUAGUCAUCAUCAAAUGUAGCACUUUUUUUUACCCCCACUAACCUACUAAAGUCUUUAUGAAAUUUUAUGCUUUAAAAAACGUUUUUACUAACAUAAAAAGCAAAAAAAAAUGUUG